CGGCAUUUCGUAUGAAACCACAGGCCUCAGAUUGGCAAGUGGAGUGUGACCCCUUUUUCCAAGGAUCAUUUGGACUUUUGGGUUUCUCUGGAUAUUGAGGAAAGGCUUCGAAUUUGUCCAAAAUGAUGCAGUCCGUGGCUCCUGUGUGCAAUGUCUGCGGCGAGCAGGUGGGGCUUGGUGCCAAUGGGGAGGUUUUCGUGGCAUGCCACGAGUGUAAUUUCCCCAUUUGCAAGGCUUGUUUCGAUGAAGAUGUCAAGGCUGGGCGUAAAGUUUGCUUGCAGUGUGGUAUUCCCUAUGACGAUAACCCGUUGGCGGAGUAUGAAACAAAGGUGUCAGGCACUCGAUCCACAAUGGAAGCUCACCUGAAUAAUACACAGCAGGAUACAGGAAUUCAUGCUAGGCAUAUCAGCAGUGUGUCUACGUUGGAUAGUGAAUUAAACGAUGAAUCUGGCAAUCCGAUUUGGAAGAAUAGAGUGGAAAGUUGGAAGGAUAAGAAGGAUAAGAAGGAUAAAAAGAUCAAGAAGAAAAAGGAUACACCUAAUGGGGAAAAAGAGGCUCAAAUUCCACCUGAGAAGCAGAUGACAGAGGAAUAUUCAUCAGAGGCUGCGGAACCACUUUCAACUCUCGUCCCACUUCCAUCUAACAGAAUCACACCAUACAGAACUGUUAUAAUUAUGCGAUUGAUCAUUCUCGCCCUUUUCUUCCAUUAUCGAGUAACAAAUCCUGUUGAUAGUGCUUACGGUCUAUGGUUCACUUCGAUCAUAUGUGAGAUCUGGUUUGCUUUUUCUUGGGUGUUGGAUCAGUUUCCUAAGUGGUCUCCAGUUAAUCGGACUACAUUUACUGACAGGUUAUCUGCCAGGUUUGAAAGAGAGGGUGAACUCUCCGAGCUUGCUGCUGUGGAUUUCUUCGUAAGUACAGUUGAUCCGUUGAAAGAACCGCCCUUGAUUACUGCCAAUACCGUGCUUUCUAUCCUUGCUGUAGACUACCCUGUGGACAAAGUUUCCUGCUAUGUGUCUGAUGAUGGUGCUGCCAUGCUUACAUUUGAAUCCCUUGCCGAAACAUCUGAAUUUGCAACAAAGUGGGUUCCUUUCUGCAAGAAAUUUUCAAUUGAACCACGUGCACCUGAGUUUUACUUCUCACAAAAGAUUGACUACUUGAAGGAUAAAGUGCAACCAUCUUUUGUGAAGGAGCGCAGAGCGAUGAAAAGAGAUUAUGAAGAGUUCAAAGUGCGAAUGAAUGCUUUAGUAGCAAAGGCUCAAAAAACACCAGAAGAAGGAUGGACUAUGCAAGAUGGAACUCCAUGGCCAGGAAAUAACUCGCGUGACCAUCCUGGGAUGAUCCAGGUGUUCCUUGGACAUAGCGGUGCCUAUGACAUCGAGGGAAAUGAACUUCCUCGAUUGGUUUAUGUCUCGAGAGAGAAGAGACCCGGCUACCCACAUCACAAGAAAGCUGGUGCUGAAAAUGCUUUGGUAAGGGUGUCUGCAGUUCUCACAAAUGCCCCAUACAUCCUCAAUCUUGACUGUGAUCACUACGUUAACAACAGCCAGGCAAUUCGUGAGGCAAUGUGUUUCUUGAUGGACCCUCAAGUCGGUCGAGAAGUAUGCUAUGUGCAGUUUCCUCAGAGGUUUGAUGGUAUUGAUCGCAGUGAUCGAUAUGCUAAUCGCAACACAGUUUUCUUUGAUGUUAACAUGAAAGGACUGGAUGGCAUUCAAGGUCCAGUAUAUGUGGGGACAGGAUGUUGUUUCAACAGGCAAGCACUUUACGGCUACGGUCCUCCUUCUAUGCCCGCCUUAUCCAAGGCUGCUUCCUCAUCCUCCUGCUCUUGUUGCUGUCCCUCUAAGAAGCCCUCUAAAGAUGUGUCAGAGGCUUAUCGAGAUGCAAAACAGGAGGAGCUUGAUGCUGCCAUUUUUAACCUCCGUGAUAUUGAGAAUUAUGAUGAGCUUGAGAGGUCAAUGCUGAUCUCGCAGACAAGCUUUGAGAAAACUUUUGGAUUAUCGUCUGUAUUCAUCGAAUCUACGCUAAUGGAGAACGGAGGAGUGGCCGAAUCUUCCAACCCUUCAACAUUGAUCAAGGAGGCGAUUCACGUCAUUAGCUGUGGUUAUGAAGAGAAGACCGCGUGGGGAAAAGAGAUUGGUUGGAUAUAUGGAUCAAUCACUGAGGAUAUCUUAACCGGUUUCAAGAUGCAUUGCCGUGGAUGGAGGUCAAUUUACUGCAUGCCCUUGAGACCUGCAUUCAAAGGGUCAGCUCCCAUUAACCUUUCUGAUCGACUGCACCAAGUUCUUCGGUGGGCACUGGGAUCGGUGGAAAUUUUCCUCAGUAGACAUUGUCCUCUCUGGUACGGGUUUGCAGGAGGCCGCCUCAAAUUGCUUCAGAGAAUGGCAUAUAUCAACACUAUUGUUUACCCCUUCACAUCCCUCCCUCUCGUCGCUUACUGCACACUCCCUGCAAUAUGCCUUCUCACAGGAAAAUUCAUCAUCCCAACACUUACAAACCUGGCAAGUGCCCUGUUUCUUGGCCUCUUCAUCUCCAUCAUUGCUACAAGUGUGCUUGAGUUGAGGUGGAGUGGAGUCCGCAUUGAGGACUUAUGGCGUAACGAGCAGUUCUGGGUGAUCGGAGGUGUUUCAGCCCAUCUCUUUGCCGUCUUCCAAGGUUUCUUAAAGAUGUUGGCCGGAAUUGACACCAACUUCACCGUCACAACCAAAUCAGCCGAAGACACAGAAUUCGGAGAGCUCUAUCUGAUCAAAUGGACCACACUUUUGAUUCCCCCAACUACACUCCUCAUCGUCAACAUGGUUGGUGUUGUUGCAGGAUUUUCGGACGCCCUCAACAAGGGAUACGAAGCUUGGGGGCCACUUUUCGGGAAGGUUUUCUUUGCCUUCUGGGUGAUUCUUCAUCUAUAUCCCUUCCUCAAAGGUCUCAUGGGACGCCAAAACCGGACUCCAACCAUCGUUGUUUUGUGGUCAGUGCUCUUGGCCUCUGUCUUCUCCCUUGUUUGGGUGAAGAUAAAUCCAUUUGUGAGCAAAGUGGACAGCUCAACGCUUGCUCAAAGCUGCAUUUCCAUAGACUGCUGAGAAAUUACGACAAAGUUUUCCACGAUGUUGCAUUCGUUAUAGUUUGAAUGCGAGGAAAAACUUGAUCUCUGGGAAUCACAUGUGAGUUCUUUGUGGAACUGCCGGCCAGAUUUCUUUCUCCUCUCAUUGUAGUUUAGGAAGAUUUGUAAUGAUUUUGUUUCCUUUUUCUUAUGGAUUUUGACAAUCAGUGUGUAAAGAUUUAAGCAUUGCUGCCCUACAAUAUCAGUGUAAGAAGAUGUUGUAAUUGUAAUGAAUUGACACAUAUAUAAGGUACUGCAUUUGUGAGUAUUU